CAAAGUCUUUCUCUCGAUAGGCCUUAUGCAUAGCCGGAUGUCGAAAUUCAUCCAACAUCAUCUCCGGAGCGUCGAACCGGUGAAGCCUUACAGCUAGCUAUCGUUGACAGCCAAUCGUGCCUUAUGCCACCGCCAUCUCCAUGUCAGAGACGCGGCCGAGUCUGCGCGAGCGGAGGAACGCGAGUGGUAGGGGUGAGCCAGCAACUUCUUGGCAAGCAAUAUAACGAUAAAUCUCACGAAACAUAUACGACCAUCAGGGUUCCUUCAUCAAGUGUCAAGAAACUUCGUCUGAGGAGGUCAGUUGACAGAGCUUGUGAACCGAUUCAAGCGAUCAAAAACCAUAUAAGCUCCUUGAAGAAAUGUCAUCCUCACAUUCAAGUUAUGAAAGCCUUCUAGCCGCGGACAUAUUUCCUCACGCUUCACCCGACCUACUACGCCUACGCUGGGAUCUCAAUAGCGAUGAUAUUUCCGACUCGAUCCUCAUUCUUGAUGAUCCCACAAAUGGGGAUUCGGAUGGAGAACCAUUUUCAUCUACGCAUCGUAUCUGCGAAUUGGCUUCGCACUGCCCAGCGGUUUCAUCUAUCGUUGUCUCCAUCGAGAGCUUGAACAACUACGCAAAUGAAUGGAUCUACACACACAAAGUCCAUGGCUACCCAGUUGAUUUUGAUGAAGAAGAAUGGGGUCCUCCUAUUUUCGACAGCGAAGGUGUUGCUAUCCACUGCUGCGGCGAAGAUCGUCCUGGCCAAGGACCUAAGCUUGAGAUUGUUGCUGAAGCUGGCCAUUUUGUGACUGUUGGACAGUUUGUCAAUGCCGUCCACCCUUGCUUACGUGGGUUGAAAGGUCAGUUGAACAGCGCUGUGAACGUUUGGCGUUGUUGGGGUCCUCAGGAAGAUCCUGAGAUGAUUGUGAGGCUGUCUUGGAUUCCCAUCAGGGUGCAUGAUACUAAAGGAUGGACGCCAGAAUGGGCCGCGCGGGAUAGGGAGAUCCAAGCGAAAAUUGCAAAGAAUACAUUUCAGACCAUGGGAGAGCUCGGUCUGUAAAAUCAUCCACUUGCGCUAGUCGUAUGUUUGAGUGCUGUGAGAAUUAGGCGGACGCGUUGAACGUGUGAGUAAUUGCACGAGUCAAUUAUGUACAUACCAUCUUGGGGCCACGACAAAGACAUGUCUUACGGCGCGUCUGUUCAUCAACACAGGGUCGAUAGAAAUGGCAG